AUGAAGCGUCGUACCAAUAUACUGGCUGCUAUAGCCUCUCCCGCUUCUAUCUUCCGUCGUACGUUUUCUGCGAGCUCGAGAUUGAGACAGAUAGAAGAUAUCCGAACCCUUCCUGGGAGGGUGUUUCCAAAAUAUGAAGAGUCCGGAGGAAGUGAUUUACUUGCUCUGAAAUGGCCUGGCCCGCCCAGGAACAUUCUGUUGAUGAAAAAGAAGGGUGCCCCCGAAGUGACUCAGUCGGUGGUUGAGUUCGCAAACCAUAUAAAAUCGAACUAUUCGCCGAUAUCCGUGAUUCUUGAACGAGAUACGGCCACGGAGAUACACGACUCCCUCCCGUUUCCGGUAUAUACUAAUCUGGCUGAGUCGUCGAUACCUCCGGAAAAGGUAGACCUGAUAGUAACAUUGGGCGGAGAUGGGACCAUUCUACGGGCCUCCUCACUCUUCGCAACGUCCAAGAUCGUACCGCCGAUACUCUCGUUCAGCAUGGGCACGCUAGGGUUCCUAGGGGAGUGGAAAUUCUCAGAAUACAAGGGAGCGUUCCGGGAGGUUUACAUGUCUGGUGCCGGAGUUGGCGAGCGAGCACCCGCUCUUCUCGAAAAUGGAGAAAGCAGUGGUACCUCUGCUGCUGCUGCUGCUGAUGCAGGAGGGUGGUCGACGCUACGGGGAAAAUCGAUGGGAAUGUCACGCAGUGCACGUAUCCUGGUUCGCAGCCGGCUACGAGUAGGAGUGUUCACACCGGACGAAGAAGCAGUGCACAGCAACGGGGUGACGCUGACCUCGCCCAAGGAAGCAGACACGGGCGUCUAUGCAAUGAACGAAGUAGUCAUCCACCGCGGCCGACAGCCUCAUCUCGCCAUUGUGGAAGUCUUUGUUGGCGGCCGUUUCCUCACCGAAGCAGUAGCGGACGGGAUGAUCGUCGCGACACCCACCGGCAGCACAGCGUACAGCCUCUCGUGCGGCGGGAGCAUCAUCCACCCUCUCGUCUCUUCCCUGCUGCUUACACCGAUCUGUGCACGAAGUCUAAGUUUCCGGUCCCUGGUCGUGCCGUCCAGAACACCGGUGACGCUCCGGCUCAGCGAGAAGAAUCGUGGCCGGGAAGUCGAGGUGAGCAUAGACGGGGUGGCCAUGAGCGAGGGCCUGCGAGUGGGCAUGGAAGUGCGUGUCUGGGGCGAGGACAUCAGGGUCGUCGACGGUGCCUGGUACGGUGGUGUGCCGUGUGUGAUGCGCAAGACUGUUGGUGAGGGCGGCGCUGCUGACGGCUGGGUAGGGGGUCUGAACGGCCUUUUGAAAUUCAACUACCCCUUUGGAUCGGAGUCAUGA